AUGUCGUCCAGCACAGGGAGCGAGAUUUCCCCAGCGACAGCCAGCUUGGCGGCUUUUGCCGCGGGCACGGCUAUCUUCUGGGCCUACUUUCAUCGGUUCGAGACGCACAUGUAUGCAUUUACCUACUUGUUCACCUUUCUGGCCGCCUACAUUGGACUGGCUGUUGGACUGGUCAAGGGCUACUCAUCUGAUGUGCCAGCGGCUGCGGUGUUGAGCUCGGCAAUAGCUGCUUCGUUCCUGGUCGGAGCCUAUGGUAACUGCCUGUUCUUCAGACUGUUCCUCAAUCCAUUGAACCGAAUUCCGGGACCAUUUCAAGCUAGAAUUUCGAAUCUAUGGCUUUCAUCUCAGCUCGGCAACUCAGAUGGUUACUAUUGGCUGCAAGCGGCACACAAGAAGUAUGGCAAGUUCGUCCGUAUUGGAUCCAACGACAUAUCCAUCAUCGAUCCCGAUGCCAUGGAAGCUGCCUACGGGAACAAGUCUCGAGUCACCAAGGCGAUCUGGUACGACAAUGACAAGCCAUUGACCUCGAUGCACACAUCCCGCGACAAGGGUCUGCACGAUCGACGACGAAGAGUAUGGGCUCCUGCUUUCUCCGAGAAAGCUCUCCGGGACUACGAGACCGAGAUUCAAAAGUUUAACACGAAGCUGAUCGAACAGAUUGGCAAACACAGUGGCAAGCCGGUCAAUGUCACCAAAUGGUUCAAUCUGUUCUCCUUCGACGCGAUGGGGCUUCUAGCGUUCGGCAGGGACUACGGCAUGUUGGACAAGGGCGAGAAGCCGCUCGAGUUGAAGAUGUUGGAUGAAGGAAUGCAACCACUUGCAUACCGCUUACCAGGCUGGUUCUUCCGGAUGUUGACCCAGAUUCCUGGAUUGUCUGCGGGCUACCAGAAGUUCGUCAACUUCUGUGCCAACGAACUGACCUGGCGAGUGAAGAAUGCCGGAGAGAAGAAGCGGGACUCAGACAUCAUGGGCUGGCUACUCAAAGCAUACAAGGACGUGCCAAAUCCAGAACAGGACAUCAUGUUGCAGGCCGACGCUCGAUUGAUCAUCGUGGCGGGCAGUGACACGACAGCCGCAACCCUCACUUCUCUGUUCUACUACCUUGCUCAGAGCCCGGAACAGGUCCGCAAGCUACGCGCAGAACUCGAACCGAUCCUCGCCAAGGGCGUAUGGCAAGAAAGUGAUGUCCGCGGCUGCGAGCAUCUGAACGGUUGCAUCAACGAGGCCCUCCGUCUCCACCCACCGGUCCCCUCCGGCGUCAACAGACUCACUCCCCCCGAAGGCAUGAAAGUCGGCGACACCUGGAUUCCAGGCAACGUCACCUUCAUCACACCGCAAUAUGUCAUGGGACGAGGUAUGCCGCCAUCUCCACCCCUCACCACCACAAAAGAGCUAACCUGUUUCCCAAUUUUCUUCAAAACAGAUGAAUCCAUCUACGCCGAAGCAGACUCCUUCAUCCCCGAACGCUGGUACUCCCAAGAAUCCAAAGUCAAACAUAAAGACGCCUUUGCCCCUUUCUCCAUGGGCCCCUUUGGUUGCAUCGGCAAGAAUCUCGCGCUCAUGGAACUCCGGACGCUGACGACGCGAUUGGUGAUGACGUAUGAUGUGAAGCUGGCACCGGGAGAGGAUGGGACGAGGUUGUUGAAGGAGACGAAAGAUCAUUUUACGGUGGAUUUGGGGGAUGUGGAUAUUGUGUUUACGGAAAGGCAGUGA